UUGAGGAAUAGAAGUAAUCCAGGAGUUUGCCCCAAACAUCACCGUUAAUGGAACUAGAAAAAUUAGAUAAAAAAUAUAAGAUCCAAGAAAGGUCCCACCCACAUGCAGAACCCUAAGACCGACCUUAGGUGACUGUGGAAACCCAAGGCCCUGGCCUUCAGUGGGCAGUGCAUCACAAAGCAAAAAUUAAGGUGCAAGCUAGGACAAAAAUUGUAAAUCCUGAUGUAAUGAAUGAUUAUCUAGAUUAUUUCAGAUAGAAUGUACGAAGUACAUGUUUUGGCUGAGGGAUAUUCCAAGCUAAGAGAGGAUGGUAUUAUGACAGCUAAUGGAUCUUGUUCAUUAGUUACAGGAGGAAAAUUCAAGGUUGUUGUUGACACAAUGUCGCCUUGGGAUAAGGAGAAGAUUAUUGAAGGUCUGAAACAGUUCAAUAUGUCACCAGAGGACAUAACUCACUUAGUUUGUACUCAUGGGCACCCUGAUCAUGUUGGGAACAAUAAUCUAUUCACAGCUGCAGUUCAGCAUAUUGUAGGAUUCUCAGUUCACAAGAAGGAUGAGUACUUCAUACAUCCUUUCGAAUGUGGAGAACCUCUGGAACUAGAUGGAGAGGAUCUAGUGGUAAUUCCUACACCUGGCCAUACUAAUGAUAGCGUCAGUCUCAAAGUUCUAACAAAAGAUGGUGUUGUGGUUAUAGCUGGAGAUCUGUUUGAGAAACAAGAGGAUCUGACAGAUGAUAAAAUUUGGAAAGAUGCAGGUUCGGAAAAUGAGGCGGCCCAGAAAAUGAACAGAGAGAAAAUCCUAUCUAUUGCUGACUUCAUAGUUCCUGGUCAUGGGCCAAAGUUCCAAGUCAAAAAAUUAUAAGAAAGUGUUUUUAUUUAAAAAUAAUUUCUCACACUUCAAUUUUCUUGACAAUUUUGAGAUUGCUUAGCAUCCAAUUGUUAUUUUAUCUGCUACAACUUUUAUUUGAGAAAUUUUUAAGACCUAAAAUAAAUAGUUUUUUUAAACAUAAACUUUGCUAGAGGUCCUAAAAACAUCUUGGCGUUCUUGUUGUGCAUUGAAUCCAAAAACAUCAACACAAAAUACAAAUUAUAGAGAUUGUAAAAAAACCUUUUAAGCAGUUUAUAAAAACAUGUAUGUACCUUUGUGAUCUCGGUCCUUGAGUCUAGGUAGCAUUGGACUUCGGG